UUACCACAUGCCAUACAGCAAGACAGAGAAGACACUAGCCUAUCUAGCUAGCUAGUAGCCUACUACUAGUAGUAGUAGCCUAGCUCUAGCUAGGAUGGCGCAGCUGCCGCCGAGGGCGCCGAGCGCGGCGGUGGCGGGGCAGGAGUGGAUGGCGGCGGCGGCGGCGCCGGCGGGGGCAUUUCUUGGGUUCGCGGCGGCGAGGAGGGGCGCGCAUAGGCGGUCGGCGAGCGACUCGGCGGCGUUCCUGGACGCCGUGCCAAUGGACGACGUCAUCGGCGGCGGCGAGUUCGACCGGCUCGACGACGAGCAGCUCAUGUCCAUGUUCUCCGACGUCGAGGCGCCGGCGGUGUCCGACGGCGGUGGGGAGAGAGGGCCCGGCGAGGCGCACCUCAUGGACAUGGGCGAGGGGGACGACGGGUUGGCGGCGACCUCGCCGGCCGGCGCAGGCGCAAUGGCGGCGGCGGCGGCCGCCGCGGACGGCAUUGCUGACCCCAAGAGAGUUAAGAGGAUAUUGGCAAACAGGCAGUCGGCUCAGCGGUCAAGGGUGAGGAAGUUGCAGUACAUCUCUGAGCUCGAGCGCAGCGUCACCACUCUCCAGAUGGAGGUGUCAGCACUGUCACCUCGUGUGGCUUUCCUGGAUCAUCAGAGGUCACUGCUCACCGUCGGCAACAGCCAUCUCAAGCAAAGAAUUGCAGCCCUCGCACAAGACAAGAUCUUCAAAGAUGCUCAUCAGGAUGCUCUGAAGAAGGAGAUCGAGAGGCUACGGCAACUGUACCACCACCAGCAGAUCAAGGCCACCGGCGGCACCGACAUCGCCGCCGCCGCCUCGAUGCAGGCCAAGCAUGAGCUGCUGGCAUGCGAGGGAGCUGCAAUGCGAUAGCGGCAGGCCGCCGGUGACCAUCGACCGGCCGGUGGUGGUUUUUUUUUUUUCUUUUUUUGGCAAAAUUGACCGUGUGUAAGAUGACAUGACACAGCUUGUCAGUAGUUUUGUGCAGCUUGUUCAAAGUUGGUUGAUUUUUGUUUCGUUUCUUUUUCAUGUGAUGUUUUUGCUCAUCCCUGGCAAAAAAAUUGUGCUGGGGUGGGGGAAUUGCUGUGGAUGUAUUGUUUGGACCGCAAUUACAUUUGUAUGGAAAAGGUGGUUGAUUUC